UAAACGGUGCUUCCCCCAAAGUCCCAAACCCUAACUCGCGGCCGCACCAAGAGUCUUGAGCCAAUCGGGCAUGGAGCUCACUGUAGUGAAUUAAAAAGCGCGCCUCAAGGCGCGCCUGAGGCGCAAAAAGCCAUAUUCUGGCCUGAAAAUGAGUGUGCGUAAGGGGCUAGGCGACGACGCUGGUGAGGCGUUCUCAAAGGCGUGCAAGGCUUCCUCCAAGGCGCGAAAGGCGUACGCGCAGAAAAAAAUGGGAAGUGACAUCGUUUUGAAACAUAAUGGGUUUAAAGCUGUCUAGGUCGCGACUGCUACCCCGAUUUCGAUUUCAGCCCCGAUUUCAUCCCUCUGCCCCUCUCUGUUCGCAAAUUCGAUCCCUAAGUCCCUAACCCAGAGUUCGAGUUAGGAGUGAGAUUUCAGCCCUCUGCCCCUCUCUACGCAGCAGUCAAUUUGAGCUUGAUUGGAGGUCGAUUCGGAACAGGCCAUUUGAACUUCUGAAGCGCUUCCCCUAUACUUUUCCAAUCGGCCAUGGAGCACACGACAGCAGCCAAUUCCAACGCCGAUGAGAUCCGAUCCCUACGCGUCGAGGGCUUGCUGCCAGAGAUGGAUGCGAAAUACCUCUAUGGCUGCUUCAGUGAUCACGGCCAGGUUGUAGCUGCCACUGUUUUGCAUAAUGUGAGAACUGGUUUUGUUGAGUUUACUUCUCGGAGCUGGGCUGAGAUGAUCUUGAAGUCCUACAAUGGUCACGGGAUGCCAAACUUCAAUCAGAGAUACCGCCUGAAAUGGGAUAUGGAUUCUGCCAGUAUGAUGUGGCGCUGGGAUUAUGCUUACGAGCGUUGUUCGUACUUUGGUUUUAAUGAUGCAGGUGAAGAAUUGAACGCCAACAAAGCGCUCUUGAGAUACAAGCACUCGAUACCUGCUGUAAAUGAAAAGCCAGUUGCUGCUGCUGGUCAGCAACAUCAGGAAGAUGAGUCUGAUUUAGUAAAUCAGAAUUGUGAAGCGAUUCUCUACGAGGAGUGGUGCAAGGAGAGGUUUCUGUAUCUAUGUAUGGAGGAAUUGUGUAAGGAAAAAGUCGGUUGUUACGUUAUCCGCACCCUCAACAUGUCGAACUUAUUGUCAUGCUCUUGCAAGUUUGACGAAAAGAUUGGGAGUAUAAUCACCUGCCGCUAUUGCGCCGACUGCGACGUGCCAUUUGAAUUGCAAAAGCAGGCUUGGCUAUGCACCAAGGACUUCGGCAACCGGAAAAGUCCGAAGCUUAUGGGAUGCACUUCUUGUUUCAGCGGAAUUAUGUUCGCCGGCGGCCUGGACCAGUCACCAGAUCAAACUCGAGCUCCUUACUAUGUGCCGAGUCAACAAUGUUAUUAUUUUCAGCCGAGAAAUAUUUGCAACGAUAAUCCCGAGUGGAUAAGGCGUCCGUACUAUCUCAAAAGCGGGAAACCGGAGGCCCUGCUGGUUAACGUUGAUGGAAGUCUCUGUUGUCUCUCGGGUUUACUCGUUGGUCAGCAAGUCGCUCAUCCUACUUUUGAGGUGUUCGAUCCCUUUGACGAGAGAUGGGUGCCUCUGCCGGAUCCUCCUUUUUACAGACCCGAAGCACUGAAUUACAAACACGGUGACCCUAGGCCUGGUACACACUUGUCUUAUGCAGUCAUGGGCACCAAGCUUUUGGUCUCGAGCAAGAUCCCUGGUUCAGAUUCCCCUCAAUUUCCCGUUUGUUGCUUUGACGUUGAGGAAAAAAAGUGGACAGAGGUCACUACCUUGUUCAAUGGUAAGCCUUUUCCCUUCCGACGCAGGGCUUUAGUGGUCGACUUGGAGGAUGGUACCCAUGAUAAGGUCAUGUUUUACUUCAAUAAUUAUUUUGCUAUAAGAGUCUGCCGAUUAGUAGUUAAUGAGGAUGAUGGUAGUAUUAAGAACUCACCGCACCAAUCUCUGGGGAUUGAUACCCUCAUGACUAGCUUAUUGGAAAUUACCAUUCAAAAUCAGUCAAUGGUGAAAAUGUCGUGGGAUUUUGUUGAUCUAGGAAAUAAAAAAGUCUGCUUUGUUUUGUCCUCGAGCCUCCCGAAAGGCAGAGACGACGACGAGUGUUUCUGUCAUCGCCAGACCUUGCGUCUUCUUAUCUUGGUAAUUCAAUUUCAAGUUUUGGAAUCAGGAGAUUUCUCCUUCAAGUUCCUGGCUACUCGCACCUUUGAAUACCAGGGCCAUUUCCCUCGCAUCUGGCACCCCAAGCUGCAGGGUUGCUUUCUGCUUUAACUCGCUCCAUCCAUUGGUAAUGGACUUGCUUAAUUAUCCUCCUCUUACUUUCUAUUAAUCAAGUCAUGUACUUCACUAUUGUGGAAUGCAAAACAAACCUAUUCUUGAUUUAUUUAUUUUUUAUUAUUAUUUUUUUUUCAGAAUUGUAAAUGUUAGAGUGAGGCGUAUAUCUAACAAUGUAUUAUACUGGUCCUUAUACCUCUUAGACAUUUACUUGAGCUGGCUGGCUGUAGUUCAGGUGUAAGAAAUUGUGGACUACUCUUAACUAUCUUGUGCAGCAACCAAAUCAGUUUCAUCUGCACGCUCACAUCUCACAGCUAAUUUUUCUUUGAUUCCAACAAACUAAACUACUAUGGUGUUUAUGAGCGUUUUGGAAAGCAAAAUUGGAAAGUUAAAUUGGUUGCUUUGGUGGCAUUUGAUUUUUGCAUUGUUAAACUAACAACUAAAGAAUUAAAAGUUGUAAAGUUUGAUCAAUGAUUCAAUGCCCCCACCCCAUUAUGUACUGAAGAGAAGUUAGCUUUACGUGGUGAGCCUAGUAACUAGAGUUUGGAAGCUUGUCGAUGCAAGGGCCAAGAGGGGUAUACAGUUAUACACUGGGGAAAGGAGGGGAAGAACUUGGUCCCUGGGAGUUGUGUCAAUUUAUUGAGUUAUCUACUCAAAUCUUCUUGACGGGUGGUUAACAUGCGGAAUCCCAUUGGCUUGGAUAACUUGGUCCCUGGAGUUGUGUCAAUUUAUUGAGUUAUCUACUCAAAUCUUCUUGACGGGUGGUUAACAUGCAGAAUCCCAUUGGCUUGGAUAAGAGUGAAGAACUUGGUCUCUGAAAUGUGUCAAUAUAAUGAGUUUCCAAAUCUAUGGUUUUCAAGAAUAUGCUCUUUGUACCCGUCUUUAAUAUCUUUUUUGUGGUAUUGCUAUACUCUUCUGAGCUGGUUGUAACACUAUUGGUUAUGCUUGUCCCUUUUUUAAUUA